UGAUCUUUGAAUAUACACGAAAUAAAUGCUAAUAAUAUUUUGUUUCCAAAAAUAUUUAAAAUAAAACGAACUGAUAACUGUUUGUUAUAUCAUUUGUAAUUCAUAACAAAUUGCUGAGGUAAAUUCGUAUUUAGUUCUAUUUUGUGCGUAACAGGUGUCAUAUUACAUGUGAAGCAACUUUAAUUAUGUCAUAUCUGAUAAUAGAUUAUUAUAUCAUUAUCACAGUGUAUUUAUUUACAUUUAAGAUUAUUUGAUUACCUACUUUAUAAAGAAUAAAACCUAUAUCUUUGAAAAAACUUACGAGCUCUUUGAAAAUGCCAUUGAAUACUAAGAUACUGGUACCAGUAGCCCUUGGGUUCUCACUGGUGACAGUCACAGCAUUUGUGGUGUAUUAUGUCUUUAAAAAAGAUGAAGCAAAUGAAGACAAAAUAGUUAGAUCUACAAGGAUGGACAUUAUUGAGGUGCAAGUACCAAAGAGUAUUGUUCCUGCUUUAAUUGGUCGAAGUGGAUCAAACAUUAAGCAAAUAGAAGAGAAGUCAGGUGCAAAUAUACAUUUCAAGAAGUUCGGCGAAGAAGAUUACGGUGUCUGCAUCAUUCGAGGUCGCAGUCACACCACACAAAUAGCCGAAACAUUAGUUCACGAUUUUAUAAAACAACAACCAGUUAUUGUCGAAGAUGCGAUGCCCGUACCGGGGUGGGCUUGUGGCAAAAUUAUCGGUACGGGUGGUGAAAAUAUAAACGAUAUAAGUCACCGCAGCGGUGCUAGAGUUAGGCUAGAAGGGCAGAGGGAUGCCGAUUUGAGUAUUCAGAGGCAGGUCAAAUUCCGGGGCACUGUGGAACAGAUAGCUAUUGCUAAGAAACUCAUCGAGGAAUGCGUUGAACACGAGAGGUGUAGACGUGAAGUAGAGCAGGCUAAACGGAGUCCUCGAGUGGCGACGCCACCAACGACCCCGGCAGAGCAACCGGACACAGGUGACUCCAAGCAUGCCAAGUACAGGACUGCGGAACCAUCAAAUUCAUCGAUCGAAGUAUACGUCUCGGCAUCGUCAUCACCGUCUCGAUUUUGGGUUCAGUUCGUCGGGCCACAAGUUGCGCAACUGGACGAUUUAGUCGAUCAUAUGACCGAGUAUUAUGGCAAUAAAGAGAAUCGUGCUAAUCACGCUUUGGAGAAAGUGACGGUGGGGCAGGUGGUGGCGGCCGUGUUCCGGCACGACGGGCGCUGGUACCGCGCGCGCGUGCACGACCUGCGCCCCAACGAGUUCGACGCCACGCAGCAGGUUGCCGAUUUAUUCUUCUUGGACUAUGGUGAUAGCGAAUAUGUAGCGACACACGAGUUAUGCGAACUUCGAGCGGAUUUACUACGUCUUCGCUUUCAGGCGAUGGAGUGUUUCCUGGCAGGCGUACGUCCAGCUAACGGUCAAACGCGUUGGCAUCCACACGCCGUCGAACGUUUUGAAGAUCUCACACAGGUAGCAAGAUGGAAACCAUUAGUAUCUCGUACGUGUACAUAUAGGAAGUCUUCAAUUGGAAUUAGAGAUGAAGGGAAAGAGGUGCCCGGUAUCAAACUGUAUGACGUCAAUGAUGAAGGUUCAGUCGACAUCGGCGAGGUCUUAAUAGCGGAGGGCUGGGCGGAGGCUUGCGAGACUAAGAACUCUCCCCCUCCUACCCCCCAAACGCCCUUCGGAGACCUCAGCAACUCUAGGGUGUUGGGUAUGAUGGUGGGGGGUACUCGGGCGUCUUCUAUGCCCAAGGAUGGUGGAGUUGACUUAUCAGAUAACAACACAACAUCGAGAUCACUAGCGUCCGGUCUAGAAUCUUCGGACAAGAUAAAGUCUAUCUCAAAUUUCGAUUUAUCUUAUCCGGAUAUGAACCAGCCGAGCAAUGAAAACGGAUCAAACGAUUUUAUAUCCUCUGAAAGACAGCAUUUAGAGCAUGAAAGCCAUUUGGGCGAUGAUUUAAAAGCAAAUAUGAACAGGAUCGAUUCACAUCAUGAUAACUUGGAAGCGUUAGGAAGACAAUAAUAGGUACCUUAGUUUAAAUUUAUAGUGUAUCCAUAUCAAGGAAAUAGUGACUCAACAGUGCAACUGACAGAUCCUAACGUUUGGUUAAAAAUUAAACCAUUAAUAACAAAAUUUUUAUUACGUAAUAUAAACGGUAGUAGUAAACGGAAUCGUCAGAAUUUAGAUCGAUAUUUGUAAUAAAAUGAUUCUGUUCCGCGAUUUCUAUUACAUCGCCUUAAGUUUCUUAUUUUUUUUUUUUUUUUCACUAACCAUUGGUCACAAAAUCUCUUCAAUUUGUAGUUCUGGUAUUAAUUGAUUGGUUCAUUUAUACAUUUACGAACAGGUGUAGUAUUAGGCUUACUUUAACUUAUCAAUGUAAACAUGGCUUUCUGAUUUUCUUUGAAAUAAUUGGUAAUUGGCGUGGCUGAGCUGAGUGAUUUGUAGUUCUGAUUUAAUUUAUUGAUUAUUUUUAAAAGAUUGGUCAAUUAUCUUAAUACUGUCGAGAUGUUUUUGGUAAUAUUAUGAUCUUUGCAAUAUAUCUUCAAUACACCUUAAGCCAAAGCAAAAAGAUAUAUAUUUUGUGGAAUCAUUCUAAAUGAAUUAUUAUUGGCGCAAGUUUUAACAUGUUCAAAUUUGUUUAGAGCUUAGCAACGAUCUUGAUCUGUGUCUUAAAGGCGUUGAAAGUAUAAGUAAAUGAGUCAUCUCGAAUAAAAUCUUUUUGAUCUUCGUAUUUUUACUUUUUCCUAUUAUUAAUGUAAAUGUAGUAAAAAUUUUGUUGUUGUAUUAACGCAUAAUACUUUUUUUGUGUAUGUCUUAAAAAUUACUAUACCAAUUUUGAGAGAUAUAUUUUUGUACAAAUAAAAAUCUUUGUUAUACCAA